GGUGUCCUCCAGCGUUCAGGCCUCUCUCUGCUGCUGCACCAGUUUCCGGGGAACCGCGUUCGGGCUACACCGCUCCGGCUGUCUUCCUUCCGCCUCCUAUUGCCUUGUUCUUGCCAUGGCUUCUGCUGUAUUCCGGUUGCUGCAGCAGGGCCCUCGCCGCCUAUUGGCUCCGGCCGUCCCCACGCUGGCUCCUCCGGUUCGGGGAGUGAAGAAGGGAUUCCGUGCCGCCUUCCGCUUCCAGAAAGAGCUGGAGCGAUGGCGCCUGCUACGCUGCCCGCCGCCGCCAGUGCGACGCUCAGAGAAGCCAAACUGGGAUUACCAUGCGGAGGUACAAGCCUUUGGAUCUCGCUUACAAGAAACCUUUUCGUUGGACCUUCUCAAAACUGCAUUUAUCAAUAGCUGCUACAUCAAAAGCGAAGAGGCGAAACGUCAGAGCCUUGGCAUAGAGAAAGAAGCUGCUCUUCUGAAUCUUAAGGACAAUCAGGAACUGUUCGAACAAGGGCUGUCUUUUUCACAUCGGUGCCUCACACAGUUUCUCGAAGACGAAUUCCCAGACUUGCCCGCCGAAGGCACUGAGAGUCUAGUUAGCUUUCUCACUGGUGAGGCAGUUGUCUGUCACGUGGCCAGGAACUUGGCUGUGGAGCAGUUGACCCUCAGUGCAGAAUUUCCUGUCCCCCUGCCUGUCUUACGUCAGACUUUCUUCGCGGUCAUUGGAGCCCUGCUGCAGAGCAGUGGCCCUGAAAGGGCUGCACUGUUCAUCAGGGACUUUUUAAUUACACAAAUGACGGGGAAAGAGCUCUUUGAGAUGUGGACCGUCGUAAAUCCCAUGGGACUACUCGUAGAGGAGCUGAAGAAGAGAAACAUCUCAGCUCCUGAGUCUCGACUCACCAGGCAGUCUGGAAGCACAACUGCUCUGCCUUUAUAUUUUGUUGGCUUAUACUGUGACAGAAAGCUGAUUGCAGAGGGACCUGGGGAAACUGUACUCGUUGCAGAGGAAGAAGCUGCGCGCGUGGCCCUCAGGAAGCUGUACGGAUUCACAGAGAACAGGCGGCCCUGGGACUACUCCAAGCCCAAAGAGAGCCCAAAGAGAGCAGAGCAAACCAGCGUUGCCAGCUAGGCAGCAAGGGGUGACAUCAUCACUACUGAGCAAAGCAGUGAGACAGGGCCAGAGGGGAAGAGCGCAGAAUAUGGGAGCAGUGUCUCAGUGCUCUUCCUGGGCCCUAGAACUAGACAAGUGCUUUUCAGGUGACAUCAGGUGACAGGGAUUUGUUUCACUUUUUUUUUCUGUUUCUCUUACACACUGGUUUAUUACUGUGUAUAAUUUGUACAGCUAGAUGUAUUUUAUUCCCUCCAGCUUUGAAGUGUAGUCAAAUACAUGCCAUAUGUGAAGUUCGUUGUAAUAUGAAUAAAAAGCUAUUCUUUGA